CCAACAUGGCUGGGAAAAGUGAAGAAGAUUUGUUAAACUUAGACGGAUUAUUAUCCGUCACAAAUAGUUUAGGAAGUGAUAUUUUAGGUUCAGAUGGAGCAAAUAAAUCCAGCUCUUUUCCAUUCUCGUCAAAAUACGGUUCCAAUUCUGCUAUGGUAUUGUAUAACUUUGUUUUUAUUGUGUCACUUUCACACUUUGUGUGUUCUAGCUGAAUCAAGUUUGAUUCCGUCUGUAAGUCUGUGGCAAUUAAUAUAGUUUCUAAAAGCAGUGAAUAAUUCUCUGUAGGUUGACCUGGAAAUGGAUUUACCCACAGUCAAAGAUAUGCCUACAUUGGAAAGCAUUCUUAACGAGGUAGAAAUUCUUCGAUUAUGAAAGUUGGGGUUUAUAGAGUUAGAACUGCAUGGGUUAGAAUAUGGUUAUAUUUUAAGAUUAAGAUUGGGAUAUAAGAAUGCACUCUUGGCUAUAGAGCCUCAUUUGACCACGCCUUAAGUGUGUGGGAGGGGGUUGUGCACCUUGAGAUCUCCUGCAUCUCUGCUGGCAAAAUCUCAUCAAAACAUAAGGUUUUAUUCUACCAUGGCAAACAUGCUUUAGGAAGAUGAUAUUGGGGACAUUGACCUGACUGUGGAUAUCAAGUUAGAAGACAUUCUCAAUGAACAAAAACCACCAGGCAGUGAUACAAACAGGUAGUGGUGAUAUAUAAAAUAUGAUUUGAAAGACUUGAAAGAUUUUUUCUGCACUCACUUGGUUGAAACUGAAUAUUGGAGUAGAUGGAUAUACACCUUUUAUACCUAACCAGGAAUGGUUGUGAAAAAUGCAACAUUAGGUCCUCUGGCAGGAAUCGAAAGGCUGCAGGCCGGGUCACAGGUUUAAUUUUUGCCAGAGGACCUAGUGUUGCAUUUUUUGCAACCGUUUCUGGUUAGGUAUAAAAAGUGUAUAAUUUUCUGAAUAUGAGUAUAGGUAAUUACAAUAAACAGUCCAUUGCACUGCUUACAAUAUUGUGAGUUGAGAAAUUCUUCAAUGUAUUUCAGUGGAGCUGAUGAGCGGAAACAUGGUUCAAUUCUUAGAAAAGUCAUUUUGAGAAAAAUAUCUGCACAAGUGCAGUCUGCAUCUGUAAGUAUUUCAUAUUUUACCAUACACAAUUUCAUUAUCAAGCAGUUAUAUGAUGAAAUGAAUGUUUAAAAAAUGGUUUUUGUCUAUGUUUAUCUGUUAUGUUUAGAGUCGUAUUGAAGCUGGUUUGCCGACUGCUAUGGUAGGUUUCCCAGCUUUGUGUGCAUUUUGUUGAUGAAGUAGUAUUUUAGUAGAACGUUCACUCAUAGAUGCUUCCCAAAUUUGCUGCCUAGUUGAAAACUUGUGUCAGUUGUAUUUACAAUGGAUGACAUUGUCGCCUCCAUUUCAAGCUAUAACUCAACUCACACAAAUUUGGGAAGUGUCAUCUAUUGCAUAUUUUUCAGACCAACAACCAGAUAUCAAGUGCUGUGCUUUACCAUUUCAGGCUGUUUCAACAAUCAUUGCCGUAGGCACGUCUCAUGGAAUUGUUUUAAUAUUUGGUGAGCAGCAGUUCUUGGAAACAGUUUUAAAGCUUCCUCUCAUAAAUGGCUUCGAGUAUAUGCAUAAUUACUGUAUGGUAUAAUAAGGAUGUUUCAUGCAAAACGAUACUAAAACACAGUUCGAUCAAUAUACUGUAUGUGAUAUUUUUGUUCUAGAUGCUAAACAAGCAUUGCAGUUAGUACUGGGAACAACAGCUCAAGGUAAUGUGUGUAAAAUGUAUUUUCUGAGAAGCACAUGUUCGUUGAACCGCUUCCAACUGCAGCUAUAAUAUUGAUGGUAGUUUUUUGUCUGUGAGGAUUUAUCAAAACCCCAAGGACCGAAUAUGCGCGACAUAAAAGUGUUAAAUUUGAAAUGUGUUUUCUUCAUUACAUUCAACGUAUUGCACUGUAUUUAAUUGAUUUGAUUGAAGAGAUGUUUUUUAUAUUUGUGUAGGUGCUGAGUAUGGUGCAGUGACAGCAUUGGGAAUAAAUACAAAUUCAACCAGAUUGCUUUGUGGGCAUGCUAAAGGCCAAGUAAUGCCAAAUAUAUGCUAAUUAUGCUUGUCUGUUUGUUUGCCUGUCUAUGUCCACCUAUCUGUUUGUUUGUUUGUUUGUUUGUUUGUUUGUUUGUUUGUUUGUUUGUUUGUUUGUUUGUUUGUUUGUUUGUUUGUUUGUUUGUCUGUCUGUCUGUCUGUCUGCCUGUCUGUCUGUCUGUCUGUCUGUCUGUCUGUCUGUUUGUUUGUUUGUUUGUUUGUUUGUUUGUUUGCCUGUCUGUUUGUCAGAUCUCCGUUUUCAGAAGCCAGAAGUCCGUUUUUAAAUGCCAGAACUACCUUUUCAAAUGCCAGAACUCCGUUUUCAAAUACCAGAACCCCGUUUUCAAAUGCCCAAACUCUGUUUUCAAAUGCCCAAACUCUGUUUUCAAAUGCCAAAACUCCCUUUUCAAAUACCAGAACUCCGUUUUUAAAUGCCAGAACUACCUUUUCAAAUGCCAAAACUCUUUUUCAAAUGCCAAAACUCCCUUUUCAAAUACCAGAACUCCGUUUUUAAAUGCCAGAACUACCUUUUCAAAUGCCAAAACUCCCGGUUUUCAAAUGCCAGAACUCUGUUUUCAAAUACCAGAACUCCGUUUUCAAAUGCCAGAACUCCGUUUUCAAAUACCAAAACUCCUUUUUCAAAUACCAGAACUCCGUUUUCAAAUGGCAAAACUCUGUUUUCAAAUGCCAAAACUCCCUUUUCAAAUGCCAGAACUCCGUUUUCAAAUACCAGAACUCCGUUUUCAAAUGCCAAAACUCUGUUUUCAAAUGCCAGAACUCCGUUUUCAAAUGCCAAAACUCCCUUUUCAAAUGCCAGAGCUCCGUCUUCAGAUGCCAGAAUUGCGUCCACCUGUCUGUCUGUUUGUUUGUUUGUUUGUCUGCCUGUACCAUAGAUAAUUUGUUUUUUUUAAAUAUUUUCCAGAUAACAAUGUGGGAUUUAUCUACUGGUAAAUGUGUUCGAUCAAUACUAGAUGCUCAUCCUCCUGGUAGUGCAGUACUUCAUGUUCUGGUAAAAGUUUAUAUUAGUCAGUUGUGCACAUCGCUUUCUUAAUGUAUUUAGAUUGAAUUUAUAACUUGUAUUCUCUUGUAUUUCUAUCUACCGAAUUCUGUUGAUGUCCAUUAUAUAAUUUUGAUUUUUCUUGCAGUUUACAGAUGAUCUAACAGAAGCAGUUUGCAGUGACAGUGGUGGAUCUGUCUUUCUUCUCACUUUCAAGUAAACUAAUAUAUUCAGAGUCUAGAUCAAUAAGUUACUUCCUCAAAAAACAAUUAUCCUAAUGGCCUAUAUCGUUUCUUUUAUAGGAAGGUUAUUGGUAUGAGGACAUAUGAGUCACAAGUAGUCUUCUCAGGAAGGUUAGUACAUAUAUGGCAGUUUGUUUAAAAAGAGUAAAUUUUAAAUGGCUUUUCUGCCGAAAGAAACUUCAACCUAUCCACGCUAUGACGAAAUAAUCGAUCCGAUUUUGUAACAAUACCAACAGCUAGUUUGUAUAUCUUUUAUUUCGUGAUCUUAGCCGUGGUGAGGUGUGUGUUCUUGCGCCACUGAACUUCCCUGAAUCUUUGAAAGAUGAUCCAUUAUCAGAACGAUCUUUAUUGGCACUGGCCACGUUAACAAAGGUUUGAUGCAUUUCAAAACGGUUGUUGAGAAAACUCAAAUAUGAAUGUACUUGUUAACCCUAAGAUGGUUCUAUCGUCGUUUUCCUUAGGUGGUUGUUCUGGCGUUGAAGCCACUUUUUUCAGUUGUAUUCACUUAUGGUCUAAAGGUAAUGUUGUUUUUGACAAUCGAUGAAAACUUUUAGUCUCACUCCUUGUAAAGAGGGUCACAGGUUUGAUUCCCGCCAGAAGGAAUUUUUUGCAACCGCUCCUGGUCAGCUCAAUAUAAAUUUCACCCUCGAAAUUUUCUGUUAAUCUCAGAAAGUAUUUUAUUUGUGUUUUCUCUUUCUACAGGGCUCCCCAGAUAGUCUCCCACUUCUCGCCUGGAAUUUUGUGUUAAUUCAACACGUUGAUAUGACCAAAUUGUUGAGCCCAGUAAGUAAACGUCUAGUAAAGUCUUGCGUUCCUAAUAGACCUUUCCCCUUAUGAGUGAAAUUUUGAUCUAGACAAACCUGGACAACAAUUUCAUCACAGCUUGAAAGAGCAUCACAAAAUUAGUAAUAUUCCGAAAUUUCGUUGCGAAAUGUUGUAAAAUGCGGAUAAUAUAGCCUUGCGAAGUUUGCCGUUUUUCAGUCAUUUUGUAUUACGUACGGGAAAUUGAUGAUCAGAUGAUCAAACUGAUUAUCAAUUUCCUUGUAAUACAAAAUGACUGAAAAACGGCAAACUUCUCAAGGCUAUAUUAUCCGCAUUUUACAACAUUUCGCAACGAAACUUCGGAAUAUUACUAAUUUUUUGAUGCUCUUUCAAGCUGUGAUGAAAUUUUUGUCCAGACUUGUCUAGAUCAAAAUUUCACUCAAAAGGGGAAAGGUCUAUUGCAAUUCGGCUAGUUGCAAUAAAGGAUGAUUAGAACCGUUACCUAAUCAGAUUAUAUUUCUAUCUCGUAGGUCCUGGCAUUUGCACGAGAAUCGAAGAUUUAUUUAUUUGGGGUAAGAGAUUUUUAUUGGUCAGUUGGUCAAUUAGUAAUUUGACUCCUGAGUAUGUGACGAUGAUGAAUUCAUUUUUAAAGGCUCGCGCUACGAUUGAUGAUGGAAACAUUGUCUUCACAAAACUGGAUGAAAUUAAAACUGACUUUAAAAUCAUUUCAAUCCAUGUGAGUUUCUUCUAUAAAUACUGUAUAUUUCUUUCUAGCGCUCUUUUCAGUUUUGUUUCUAACGCUGUGAUUGGGUUCAACUUAAUAUGAUUAAUAAUAUUAUUUUUGUUUAUUGAUAGUGGUUAGACUCGCAGCUUAUUGCUCUGGUUGAUGCUCUUGAAAGGAUUCAUUUGAUGGACGUGAAGAAUGGAGAGAUACUUGAGGUAUUUGUAGCGCCUUUGAGUAUAGACCAUAAAUCUUCAAAGGAUUUCGACACACAAAACUACAUUUCUAUUGCUAAAAUUGGACCAAUCUGAUUCCAUAUCUAAUUAGUUCAAUCUGGGAGCUCAGGUAAUAUUUUAAAAUUGAGGAACUGGAUAGCAUGGUGAACAAAAAAUGGAAUUUUCAAAAAAUGAAAAACAAUGGAACAUUCUGAAUUCUGAUCUCUGGAUCGUGACUGGAUGGCAUUAUUGUUAUAUUAGUAGUAAAUAGAUAUGCAGAUAUGACCACCUUUUAUUGCUGGAAAUCUUUUUGCUAAAAAUUUCAUGCAAUAUUUGGCCUAUCUUAAUAUAUACCAAUGUUUUCGUGAUUGUUACAGUUUUGUUACACAGUUAUUGAGCUAUCAUUGAAAGGCUUAAGGGUUUCAGAAAUUAUUUUCUUAAUGAUUGAGUUUUUGUUUCUCCAGACCUUGGACCUGGAUAGCAUACAGCUUGUCUACAGUAGCAGUUUCUUCAAAUCCUUAUCCAAUGGUGGAAACGUCAGCGAAGCACUGGUAUUAUUAACUUUCUACCUUUGGUAAAGUCUUUUGAAGUUGUCUAAACAUUUGUAAGUGUCGUUUCCUUCUCGUCAUUUAGGCUUUAGCCAGCGAACAUUCAUGUUAUCAAUCUGUCGUAAGCUUCAAUUCACAGCUUUUCAUUUUAGGACGGCAGGUUUGUUAAUAUGGAUUACUUUCUUUUCACUAACAAAGCUUCGGAUUGAUAGAGAUACAACCAUCUGAAAAAUACAAGGAGAACUUGGACCCUUCCUACUAACUUUCCGACGCUCGAAACGUCGAAGUCCUCCUUGUAUUUUUCAGGUAGUUGUAUCCCUAUCAAUCUGAAGCUUUCUUAUUAUUGCCACCACCUACACUCUCACAGAACGUUUAAUUUCACUGUCUAAACAAGAAUGCUUUUAAUUUUCGACAAAAUUCGCUAACUACACUAGCGUUAAACGUAUGUGUACGAGGGGAGAACAAUAUUUGGGGAGGGGGGGGGGGGUAGUAUUGAAUGCGAAAGAUAAUGGGCAGAAAAUUGUCCACAACAUUUAGCUACGAUAACCUUUCCGGUAAUUACGUCACGACUAACACUGUUUUCAACUUAGGACCACCUUAAAUGGAAUAGAUUUCAAGUUUGUUUCUCACGGGCUAUGGUCAGAGAAGCACAAAAUCCUUCUUGAACACAUGCAUAAAAAAUAAUUUUGGAUUUUGACCAAUAAAUGUGGAAAUAAGCUUACACACGAAAACGAGGCCAUAGCUUCUCUUGGCCCCUCAGCCUCAUUUUCGUGUUUAAGUUUAUUUUAUUUAUUGGUCAAAAUCCAAAAUUGUUUUUCAUGCAUGUGUUGAAGAAGGAUGUUCUGCUUCUCUGACCAUAACCUGUGAGAACCAAACUUAAAAUCGAUUCCAUUUAAGGUGGUCCUAAGUUGAAAACAGUGUAGUUGUGACGUAAUUACCGGAACGAUCUUUUUGAGUAAAAUUGCAAUGAAUUCUCUUUUUUCUAUAGUCAAUCCAUGUCUUCACGAUUCGGAGCUGGGAUGACGUAAGUUGAUAAUAUCAUGAGAGAUAUAUUGUCAAAUGUCAGUAUACAGUAUUUAAUCGAGCAAUCUUUCAUUUCAGAGAAUUUCUGUGUUUGUGAAACAAAAUGAUUUCAUUGGUGCUCUGAAGUUGGCAUUGUCAUUUUACAAUCGGACGGCUAGAGGCGUUCUAGGUAUUUACUGUAUUAGCUAACUUCUGUCUAGCUUGAACAAUAGGCUUAAUACACUUAUCAUAUGCAAACAUUCUCUAGGUCUGUACGGAAAUAGACAACAAAAAAUGAAUACUGUAGCUCGUAUGGUAAGUACAAAAAUACCAUUCUCAUUCCUCGUUCACUUUAUGUAACAACCCGUAUCAACUCUGUUCUGAAAUUUCUAGAUUGAAAAUCUUAUGCGUCAUUAUGUUGAUAAACUGUUAGAGAAGAUAACGGAAAAUGCAAACAAUAAAAACUUACGAUCGUAUUUCAAGGUAAAUAGGGAUACAUAUUAAGGUGCCAUGGUUUGUGUCUGAAAUCGUUGAAGAAAAUUAAGGACUGUGUGACGUUUCGAUUGAUACAUUUCCGACUAAGACAUGAUAAAUACAUUUUGUGUACUAUGUACUUUAGGACAAUAUUCCGGUUUGCAUUGACUAUUGCGUGGCUAUAGACAGAAUGUAAGUACGGAAAUUUUAUUCUUUCUGUUUGAGUAAUACAAACAAACUUUAGUAUCUUCAACAACAAUGAUAACUUGCCAUGUACGUUAAUAUAUUGAAUGAAACAAAGCAUUUCACGCUUCUGGUGUCAAGUUGACAUGAUGCAAUUUAUGCGUUUUGUAGAGAGCUACUGUUUUCUGACAUCUAUGAUAAAUUAUCAUCUGUUGAUAUCACGAAAGAAGUUUUUCUCGAAAGUUUGCAGUCUUAUAUUGAAGAAGAUAGGUACGCGAAUUACAACUGGACAAAUAACUUUAUGGUCAAUCAGUCGUGUAUGUAUCAUAAGAAGGGGGGGGGUGCCACACAUGAGGAGGGGGGGGGGGUGCCAGCAACCCACGAUGUGUUUUACUUCUGCUUUCUUUUUAAUAAAUGAUCCCUCAUUUUUUUUCCAAUUUUCAGACUUGUUUCGCUAACACCUAUUGUUAUGAAGGAUUUCGUUGGUAAUUAUGAAAUAUUUCUAAUUUUAAGUUCUUUGUUGGUUUGCAUGGCGAUAAAACAUAUAAUACUUUUGUUUGUGGAAACACCACGUAAAUUUAUUACUGCAAGUAAUAAAUAUACGUGGUAAUUAUUAAUUAAUUUAUUUGCAGUAAUAAAUUUACGUGGUGUUUCCACAAACAAAAUAUUAUAUUUCUAGUUUUGUUGGAGUAUUUAUCUUCAGCUAUUUUCCUACUUUUCUCAACAGGCCAUUACCAAAAGAUGGAAAGGCUGAAAGAUGUUGAACGAUGUCUUGUUCAUCUCGACUUAGUUAACCUUGAUAUAGACCAGGUAGAGUUUACAUCUUUACUAAAAAAAAACAAAACUAAUUUGUCAACAUGGAACUACAUACGACUGAGGACUGAGGUGAAAUUAUAAUCAGACAAUUGCAUAUUUGAAGAAAGAGAUGAAGACACAAUAUCACCCAGCACCCUUUCAAUUCUAUAAAAAAAGUCCUACCAGUUUCUUUCAUUUGCCAGACUGUCAAGUUAUGUUGGAAGUAUGAGCUCUAUGACGCUGUCAUAUAUGUCUAUAACCGUGGAAUGGCUGAUUUUGGAACCCCGCUUGAGGUAUUGAAUGUUGAUAUUUGAUUUUCCUGCCUACAUUUCUAACUAGCAAAACUCCAAUAAAGAUCAUAAUCAGCAAAAAAUCACUUCUAAAACAAGGUGGGAUCUUCAAAAAGAACACAAAAUGAUACAGAAUCUUUUUAUAUGUGCAUUAGCAAAUACAUGCCGGUCUCACCCAGGCGACUUUUCAUCUCACCCACGCAAAACUCUUCAAUAAUUUUUCAUUUUUAAGGAACUCCUGCGAAUUUUAAAAGAGGCGUCGGAAUCCAAAGUCCCAUUGAAUGGUAGCGUGUUUAAAAAUAGUUCAUGACCUUCAUUGAAUUUUCAAGGCAAUGUUUUAUAUUAAUUCUUCAAUGAUUUGUAGAAUCCACUCAAGAGCUUGGCUAUAAAUUGCUUGUCUAUAUCAGCUGUUGUUUUGCUGGCAGGGCUUACUCAGUGGGAAAUAUUCCAGAAGAACUGGUUAAACCGGUUAGAGAACAGGUAUUUUCUUCUUUUUCUUAGACCUUUUUCCCAUUUUACCCAGGAUUGGUCGACCAAUUAAAUGCUCUUUCUUACGAAAAUACAGUAGUAUAUAUAGGUAUACGAAAAUAUAAACAUGCAUAAAAGGAAAAUCUGCACCGUUUUUGAAGUUUUUGACAAGCUGUAAUAUUCUUGUUUGUUUUGUUAUGUAGGUCGCAGAAACACUCAUAAAAACUAGCACGGUGGAUAGCUCUAAUGGUGGGUGAUGAUGCUGUUCAUAAUUCGGCCGCAAUGGUUAAUGUAUUGUUUCGUAUCUAUAACGAUAUGAGUUCGAUUCGUCUAGUUUUCCGAUUGCAAUGUCUCCGUGAUUGAAAGUAAGGAACGUGUUCGCAGUUUUUCUAUACCAAAUACAACGGCAAUUCUCUAGUUUUUUUCACUCCUCGUGCAUUUAGUAAUAGAGUAACUGAAAGACCUAUUUAAAGUUUCCGAGAAUUUUGGAAAUUAAAUUAUAAAAUUUCAAAAAUUCUGGAAAAUUUAAAAAAAAAUUUUAAAUUUAAAUUUUUUUUAAUUUCCGAGAAUUUUUUAUUUUCCUCUCAUAAUUACCUUGUUACUUCAUCGAUGUUUCAGGUCAGACUUAUCCGAAUAUUCGAACCCUGUUAGACUUCGAUACAGCUGAAUUUUUGAAUGUUUUAUCUUUGGUAAGUAUUUGCUGUUAAGAUAAUAUGUUAUUUAUGUCUUUCCAAUGGUCAAUACACCAUGUUAUAUACCAUGCGCUUGAGUUGUGCACGAGCUGAUAGCCGACGAGGUGCUUGGCACCGAGUCUGUUAUCAGCCACAAAUGACGAGAGCGAAUGGUAUAAUUGUUUUACAAUAAAUAUCUUUUAUUUUUUAGGCUUUCGAAGAGACUGAUUUUAACGAGGAUUGUGGGUAAGGAUGUCUAGAAGUUGAAGUAUUUUUGUCGAUAGAAAUUUCGAGUAAUAAUAAUAAUAAUUACAAUAUUUAGUCGGGAGUCCAUUCACAAAAGUGAUUUUCAGUGGAGCCCUGAUAAAAAAAUAAAAAAUAUAUAACUAACAAAAGUGAAAUUGAAGAUUAUAUACAUUUACUGUAUUAGACCUAACCUUUUGUUUGAUCACAUGGGAAAUUUUGAGGCUAUUUUACAUCAGACAACAAAUCAGAUUCCUAUAUAAUCUCGUCUUUCAAUCAUACAUGGAUGUUGCAUUAUGUUUUGUUGUAUAUUUUUAAGAAGAGUUGAAUGUAUAAUUAUGACAGUAUUUGUUUUGUUUUAGUAUUGUGGAUGGCACUCCAGGGAGACAGAGAUUCAUCAAUGUUUUGCUUGAAGUCGUGGUUCAAGGAACUGGCUUUACAGUAAGGAGCACUUGUAAUACCCAUGACCAGCUGUAUACAACACUGAAUUAAUAAACUACCAUGCAGGUUUAUACUAGCUCUCUGGAAUUCCAGUAAGAGUAAUUCUUUAAUGGUGCAGUGUUAUGUUACUGCAGACGGAACCUAACUUAUUUAUUUCUGUUUAUUUCUUAUUGUUUGUUGAUUUUCUUUAGCCAACUCAAGUCGGUUCGUUUUUUACAUUCAUGGCUCGUCAGAUGGCGAAGCACAGCGGAAUUUCUUUAAACAAAGUACUCUUUGAACAAGUAAGAUGUGUGUCGUGUAAAAAACGUUAUACUAUUAUGUUUUAUGCAUUCUUACAAUAUCAUGACUCAUAAUCGAAAAAUUUCGACAGGUUUUGGAGUAUUUGUCCAACCCUGAAGACAUGGUCCGUCACAACGAGCGAGAACAGGUUGGUCCAUACGUUUUCGUUGUACCGGAUAGCUUUUCGUAGCGACGUCAAAAAAGAACUAUCCGUACCCUGUAGGAACGCUAUUUUCAGAGGAAUUAUUGCAAAGGAGAGAUGUUGUUUCGCUCAGCUUCUGAAAGUUGUACAUUCCGUAUCGGAUGAGUGCUUUUUCACGCCGCUACGGAAACCUAUCCGUUAUAGCGUUGAAGUAAACAACUUAAUGAUAAAAAAUAUGAAUAAUUUGUGAUCACAAGGGAAUCCACAUUCUUUAACAACAUUGUCAUUCUAAACACAAUGUUAUUAAACUAAGCAUUUUCACGUCUUUGCAUGAAGCAACGUAAAAGCUUGUUGCAACGUUAAAGCUGUUACAUAAAGCCUUUUCCCGAACUUACAUGUUUGUAAGGUUAUUGUAAAAAAGCUUCAAGCAUUUAUUACAACAAUCAAAUUCCUUCGCCAUUCUUGAACUGUAAUCGAGAGCGCGUCGUUGAGUUUGUGGCGUCGCAGAUCUUAAACUCUGUGAACAUAAUGGGUACAUUGUCGUUGAUAACCUGAACUUCGAAAGGAACUACAGAGGUUCUUUUGUUUCCUUCAAUGUGGAUCGAUGGAUGUGAACGAAAUUUAUAAACGUUUAGGCGCUGUUGGAAUUGCUGGAUUCUGGAGCACUGAAGCAAUUUGAUGAAGAAAGAAUCUUGGUUUUGGCAGAAAAUGGCAAAUUGUAUGUAUAGGAAUUUUUUGAAAAGCUACUCUGAAGUUCUUUUCUACGCUUUCGUAAACUAAUCCUAGAACAAUAUAUUGUUCUCGCUUGACGGAGCGUGAGAGUUGAUAAAACUCAAAUUCUCGCUUCUCAGCUCUCCUCGGGGAUUACUUAAUCAUAUUGAUUAUCCAAAGUUUUGUACAUUGAAAAUAGAUGGUGCAUGUAGAAGUCACGUGGUAAGUCACGUGUCUCAUUUCAUUUCAAUGACUUUCCAGCUACCAAGUGUGUGAAAUCCUGUACAUCAGAAGACGUCAGUACGGCAAAGUAUUGAGCUGUUACUUCAGAGAUCAAUCGCGACAGGUAGGGUAAUAUUCAGCAUUUUAUUCCCAGGGAGGCACCAGCCAGAUCUGGUUGGAAGAGUGCUCAUCAAGCUUUGGUCAUGGUUCAGGUUGCGAUUGUUGACCAAAUGCAUAACCACUACAGAGGGAGUUAGUCUUGCACUAAUUUUGUCUCUAUUUUUUGUAUAACUGCACUGAUUGUGAUUUGAUAAGGAAUUUUUGACCCCGCUGCCUUUUCCCCCCGUUCGCCAAGGCUAGAAGGGGUAAGCACCCCUGCACUCCCCCCCCCCCAAUAAAUCCAUCUCUGUUUGUUUCCAAUUGUAAGCUCGUGAAUAAUUUUAUUUUUAGCAUCAAGCAUUUGAAUUUGUAAAAGUGAAGAUGACUGAUGAUUCUUACACAGACCUUGACAGAGCUGAGUUGAAACAGACUGUACUAGAGAGCUUACUGGUUUGUACUUAACAAUAUCUGAUAGCAAAAGCUAGAAUGGUUUCUACCUAGUCAAGAAAUUUCAAUCUGGAAUUUAUUUUUCACAGGAUUUUGUUGCAGUUGACACUCGAAGAACAGCACACAUGAUCAUGGCUCAUUUCCCUGAUUCUUUAAAGUGGGCAGUUCAAAAAUUAGAGGUAAGAAGCCAAAGGUCGUAGGUUCGAUUCCCACCGUGGCCAGGCAUAUUUUUCAAGCUUGCCCGCUGUGGAUAAACACUCAGAGUAACAUCACAAGCAUCUUAUUCACCUGAGUACAUUACACCAACACAGCAAAUAUCAUAAUUAGAAGUAAGUUAUAAGGAUUGCAGGAACUGUGUUAUGAACGGUUUGCCGUAGCUAACCUGGUGUAUAUAUGUAUAUUCUAGGACCAAAGACAAAUUCUCUAUAACUUUUUGAAAAGUGUUUUUGAUAUCAGGUAAAUAUGUUGUUCCGGUUACCUUAUAAGUGUCCAUUUGUAUGUGUUCGCAAUAACGUUGCAUGACGUUCACAUGAAGGCUGUGAGAUCAUUAAUCCAUAUUAAAAUUCAUCAUUUAUUUAGUGAGUCGUCGUUGUCGAAAUGUGAACCGCCAUCAGAUGCAACAACGAAUGAAACGUUUAUCGAGUUGAUGUGUGAGUUUGAACCGUCUGCAGUUUAUCGUCAUUUGCGAAGCGCCGACAAUUAUAGACUGCAAGAAACUUUAGAGGUAUUGUUUUUGAGAGCUUUUGUGUUGUGUUCAUCUGUUGCAUUGCAUUACAUUGUAUUGCCUUCUAUUCUAUUCUAUUCUACAUCAUCUUAAUGUAUUGGAAAAUUAUUUCAGAUUGUUAAAAGGUUUGAUAUUAUUGACGCCACGGCAUACUUGUUGGAGAAAUCUGGCGAUGUCAAAGGAGCAUUUUCUCUAUUACUUCAGGUGAGCCAGCAGACUUAUAUACUUGCAAUAUGCAUUUUGUUCAGAAUUAAAGAAUAACGUAUAAUGUGUUUUCAUUCUGGUUGAAGGCGUUGGAGCAAUGUGUUAAGAACGUCAAUCAAGGGUUUACCAAUCGAGUGAAUUCAAAAGGUAGGUGAAUUUAUACAUGAACUUGUGAUUAGAGCUCGACCACUGGACUCUGUAGCGCAGUUGGUUAGAGCUGUAAGCUCAGUUCGUUAAGGUAUCUGAGAGGUAUUGCGAACAGGCAAGCCAAUACUGCCGAUUUUUCCACAUUACACACCGAAUUGUGUAAUUUUAUAGCAAUUGUUUGAAAUCUUUUUAUUCCAGAAAUUAGUAUGGUGUUGUCAACAUGCAAGGCGACUCUCCUAGUCAUCAUUCAAUUGUGUCAGAGAAAUUCACGAAGAAUGGACGAAUACGAACGCGAGGUUAGAAGGAAAAUUUAAGUAAAAUGUAGUUUCCCUGGACACUAUGCCUGUCCUCCAGUUUUUAAUGGACUUUAUUUAAUUGUAGAACUUGUGGUUUCCUUUGUUGGAAGUUGUCAUGUCGCCGCAACGAAAACUUUCAGACAUGACCAGCGACCACUUUCUAGGUAAUUAUUUUAAUAUUUGUAGUAACACUGGAUCGAUAAAAGAUGAUCCUUACUGGACCUCUAGGGUGAACAGUUUAAAACUGAUACAGCCAUCCAGUAUAAAUAAAGGUUAUUAUAACUGCAUUGUCUUUUAAAAUUACAGCAUUUAAGGAUCUCACCCGGCAUGUAUUGAACAGUAUGACUGGUCACAUUUCAUUGCCAAUGAUAUUACAGAAAAUUAUGCAGGUAUGUCUUUAAUAACAAGAAAUUUCAAAGUUUGUGUCAAUCGUCAUAACCUUGCUCUUUGCAUUACUUUCUUAUGUUCUGUAGGACCCGACGUACAAUUCUGGAAAAUUUGGUGAAAUUCGAGAAUUAAUUAUGGGAAUGCUGGAUACAUACAGUUAUGAAGAGGUAACGAUUUCUUACUAGCUUUGUGUUAACUUGAUUGUUCUAUCAGUUCUAAGUUGUUCUUCAUAGAAGUCCAGUGAGAGGUUCUAAUAGGUGUUUUUGUAGAUGGCAUAAUCGAGUGUGAAUUUUAUACAUUUCUUAGGGAGGGGGGGGGGGUCCGUGCUUGAUCGAACCUGCGGCCCUGUGAUUCCGGUGCAGUGCUCUAACCAACUGAGCUAGCAAUAUCACGAAGUAAUGACGGUUUUGUGUUGCUUUCUUUUGUACAGACGUUACUAACGACAACUAACCAUCUGUUAGCCUCUGAUCUCCAUCGUUCACUGAACCAUAUGAAAGGUUUGUUAAAUCACGGUAUUAAACCACGGCAGUUCAUUUGUCAACUGUGUCAUCGGCCUAUUAUGAGAGGGGAAAUGGCUCCAAAACAUGGCGAUCUAAUCAUAUUCAGGUAAUAAGUCAAUCUUUUUUUUUUUAAUUAUUUGAUGGCGCAUCCUUGGUCGGACCUCCACUCAAGGUCUUAAAAUAAUUGAGGAGAAAGAGCUACCUUUACAUUGACAUCAGUAAAUGGUUAGACGUUCGCGAUUUCUGGGAUAAGGACGUUAAAUCGUAGGUAGCUCGGAGCCCAUAUCAAUUGGACAAAAGCUGUUGGGAAAUCCGCUCACCAAUGAGUGAGAAACUCUAAGAUGGUCAAUUGAUUGAGAUGGGACGAGCCCACUCUCCUCCGCAGAGGCUUUGUGUUUUGUUUCGGUCUUGUUCGAACUUUGCAGGCGGGAUAGUCGCGGGCUAGGCAGGCUAGAAGAAAAUUAUAGGGGAUAAAUAGGGAUGAAAGGGGAGAGGCGGAGCGCGGGGGAAGCUCCCUAGCCUGCCUAGCCCGCGACUAUCCCGCCUGCAAACUUCGAACAAAACCAAAACAAAACACAAAACCUCUGCGAAGGAGAGUGGGACUAGUCUAUAUCACAACACAGAUCGUGAAUAAAUCUGAAAUAUUCUUAUUAUCGUAUACAACUGACUUCUAAUAUUUCACUACCUAAAGGUCCAUACAGACUGGACGCGAUUUGGCAACGCGACGCGAAUUUUCAUUUUUUAAAAACAAUUAAAACCGUCAACGGAUAAAAAAUUUACAAGAUAUGCAGACCAAAUAGCUAAAAUUGCUUAAGUGGUUCCGAAUAUUUGAAAAACAUAGAAAAAUAUUGAAGUUAAAUGUCAUUGAAAGUUGAAAAUUCGCGUCGCGUUGCCAAAUCGCGUCCAGUCUGUAUGGACCUUAAAGCUCAUCGAAUACUCGUAUGUUAAGGUGUCGCCACUGUUGUCAUACUGAAUGUCUGAGAAACGAGUUUGGUGAGAACACGGAAUGGUCUUGUCCAGUAUGUUCCAAGAAAAAUAUCACACGUCGAGCUAGUUGCACUGACGAUCAGACAUCAGAUUCAACACAAACCGAGGUAUAAAUAGGAGGGUGAUUUAUAUGAUUGUGAAUAUGAUUAAAGCAACUUCGCCAAAUUCCAAUCAUAAUAAAAAUAUUUCAUUUCAGAGAUCGAAGAAAAAUCCUACGUUGAGCAGUGAACAAACAGACGCUCUGAGCCGCUUAAGAAAACAUCUUAAAGGACCAUCAAGGGUAUGAAUUGUUUCGGAAUCUCAUUUUGAAUCGCAGUUUGACAUAAAUUAAUGUAUGGUUUAUUGUAUGGUUUAUUGUAUGGUUCACUGUAUGGUUUAUUGUAUGGUUUAUUGUAUGGUUUAUUGUAUGGUUCACUGUAUGGUUCACUGUAUGGUUCACUGUAUGGUUUAUUGUAUGGUUUAUUGUAUGGUUUAUUGUAUGGUUUAUUGUAUGGUUCACUGUAUGGUUCACUGUAUGGUUUAUUGUAUGGUUUAUUGUAUGGUUUAUUGUAUGGUUCACUGUAUGGUUUAUUGUAUGGUUUACUGUAUGGUUCACUGUAUGGUUUAUUGUAUGGUUUAUUGUAUGGUUUAUUGUAUGGUUUAUUGUAUGGUUUAUUGUAUGGUUUACUAGCUGUAUGGCUUCAUGUAUGGUUUACCUUUAACAUUCGAGCCUUUGGUCCUGGUCUAGGAUUUGAUUGACGUUGGACAAAGUUACAGUUAGGUCGGACACCAAUUUACUCUGGUCGGACAAACAAUAAUAAAGUUCAGUUUCACAUAGAUUGGACAGAAUGUCCAGUGGUUUCCUCUCUGCGUCGGGCAAUUUUACAAAUGGAUCGGACAAUGUCUGUGAACGACCUAUAUUUUAAAGGUUCGUUUACACUUGCAAUUUGCGAUUUUAGCUGCGAUUUUCUUCUGGUGAUGGAUGUGAACGAGUAGAUAAGUUGUGAACGUUCAGAUGAGGGUACAUAUACUCCAAACAUUCGUAACUCAUCUACUCGUUCACAUGCAUCAGAAGGAGAAAAUCGCAGCAAUAAUUGCAAGUGUAAAUGGGUCUUAAUCGUGCAUCGCUACAUUCCGUUAUCACCUUUAGCAUUGAAGCUUCCGUUUCUUGUCGUUAUAGUUAAAAAUGUUGAACGAGUUAUCAAAAGACAACGACCUGAGUGGAUUAUCUUAUCGAGGCAGGAGGUCAAGGUUUGCUUCAAAAAACUUAUUGCAAGAUGACGAAUUUCAACUACACCUAGCACCUCGUUCCCAGUUCUCUUGACAGGUGAGACGUAUCUAUCUUGUUAUAGCGCGGAAACACUGAUCUAUAUAUGUGUGGGUGAUUGACACACUUGUCUAUAAAUUGGGAUAAACAAACGUAAAUUGAGAUAAAGAAACGUCAGCCAAAUUUGUCUGCGAAUGUCAAUCUUGGGGAUUGCAUUCAUUCACAAAAUUUGGAACCAUUCAAUUACAAAAUGGCGAUUCAAGAUGAAAUACGGUGCAGGGAAGUUCGACGGGUAACUUCGGUGCUGACGUGUGGACGCUAUGUCAAAAUACCAAAAGAUUUGCGUCGAUGAAAAAUAUUCCUCGUUAUCGGUGGCGUUAUCUGUGGGCAGUUGUCUUUGGUGGUUUUGAAGUGAACCAGUAUGAAUUAAGCUAGUCAGUAAGAUGUGGAGGCAGAUCUAUUAGGUUUUAUUUGAAAGUGCGUAUACUAGUGGUGGUACUGCGAAAUUUUAAUAUUUAAAUUUUAAAGAAACUGUAUAUAAAGUGUAAUUAUAAAAUUUUACUUAAUGGGUUAAUUUAAGGUGGUAGCAACUGGGGAUAGCGAAUUAUAACAUAUGAAUGGCAGCAAAAUUUCGCGCGUUUAAUAACAUAAAUGACGACUUCAAUGAUUGACAAACUGUUUAAUAUCCUAAAACUCCAUACAUGUGAAUAGUAAUUUUAUUAUAUGUCAUAGUAGUGAAUAUUAUUGAAUAAUAUUACAAUGUCAUCGUGAAAUUAUGUGCAACACAAUAAUAUAUUGAAAAACUAUAUACAAACUAUUUGCACUUUCUAUAAAUAAGUUAAUUCUAGUCUAUUUAGCCCAUAAAUGUUACUUGUUGGUGGGCGACUUCAAUGACUGAAAAAUGGUGUGGUAAAAGUUAUAUAAAUUAAACAUGAUAUAUAUAGUGAAUGCAAUAUAAAUACAUAUUAAAUACAAAAACACACAACGUUUAUGGCCUUGCAUGUUGUUGAGAAAACCGAUUAUACUCCACGUCGUGUUUCUUCAUAAUUUCGUCCAGUUUCUCCGUCCAAACAUCAUUAAAGUCUUGAACUUCUUGCAUCAGUGUGUCCAACAGUUCCAUGUUGGCCUUGACUGUCUCGUACCCAGGCCCUGCCAGGAUUGCUAGCUCAUCUGUGGGGGAAAACAAGCGCAUGUGUAAAUAAUAGUAAUAAUAUUAAUUUACAUUUAUAGUGCGCAAUGUGCCAUUUGAAUAUGUCCACAUGCGCAUAACAAUUUAUAUUGAAGAAUUAAUACAAGAAAUUAAUAAAACUAUUUUAUGUUCAAUGUUAAAA